CCGCGCAGGCGCCGAUCCAACACUCGUGGAGAACGCUCGUCGUCCGCGUGGCGCGAGUUAGAACUUGACUUGGUGCUUUUAGUCUUGGCCCGUCCCUUCGUCCAUCCCCGUCCUUGCCGGGCGAGAGCCGCCCCCGUGGGGCGAACUGUACUGUCCGAAGGGGAAAUAUGUGUCUGGACCGAUCGGCGGAGGAAGGACGGCGGCGCCGAUUCCCAUCGAUUCCGAACCGGCAUAUCCUCCGACAUUAUCGUCGAGUAGCGAUCAGGAGAAACCACGCGUCUUUGCUCCCACGUGCCUUCCACGAGUUCGCAGAAGCGCGGUUUCAUCAAGAAGUCCCGACCAAGUUUUCCGCAGAAUCUCUCCAAGGUCUUGCCUUUCGCAGCGUUAUUAUAAACAAAAGUUGAAGAAGCUUCAAGAAACCACAAGGAAAAUAAUCUUUCAAUCAGAAUAUCAAGACAAUAUCCUGAAAGAGAAACCUGUGUAGAAACUAGUGUAGAGACACUAUAUUGGUAAUCUCAAUCGCGACAUGUCGCAGGAGAUUCUACCCGCUCGAGAAGCACUCUCGAUCGAGAUGAGCGACGAUCGCGUCCCCAAGAAAAGCACUCGCGCUCAGCGUCGAUGGCGCAUACUGGCCAGGGCGCUGACAGGCUCGCCGGAGCCGAUCGGUAGCGAGUCCGACGAGGAAGUGUCGGUGAGACGGUUCACCAGUUUCGGUCUGCUCGAGUGCUCGCCGCUGGUGAACGCGCCUGCUGACGGCGAGUCCACCUGGUGCGAGUACUCGACCCGGCUGGACAACCGGUCCUACGAGGUGCAGAUACGUCGAAUAAGCAAGUGCUUCACCGCGAGCGAGCUGAUCGGCUUCAAUAACACCGGGAACGUGUGCGUCUGGCCGUCCGAGGAAUGUCUGGCCUACUACUUGCUGAGGAACCGCGGUGGCCUCUGUCGAAAUCGCAGCGUCCUCGAACUCGGGGGCGGGAUGAGCUGUCUCGCCGGCGUCCUCGCGGCUAAGUAUUGCAAUCCCAGCGCCGUGACGCUCACGGACGGCAACGUGACCAGCGUCGAGAAUGUGCGCUGCAUCGUCGCCAGGAAUGACAUGACGCACCUGGUCGGCUGCGGCGUCGUGCAGUGGGCCCGGGCCGCGAGGGCCCUCAGACAGGCCGCGGUCAACGGCAACCGGGUUAAGACGCGGACGGUCGACGGCGACGAGGACGAGCGACUCCCGUCAAGUUUGUACGACGUGAUCCUGAGCGCGGAUUGUCUCUUCUUCGACGAUGCCCGAUUGGACCUGGUGGAGACCAUCUACGGCUGGCUGGCCGACGACGGGGUCGCUCUAGUAAUGGCGCCCAGACGUGGCACGACAUUCCAAAAGUUCGCCGAGGCAUCGAUCAAACGCGGUUUCAUAGCGCGACAGACGGAACGGUACGACGACACGGUGUGGUCGCGGCAUCUGGAGCUGCUGGAGAACAGUCCGGAAUACUGUCCGGAUCUGCACUAUCCGGUGCUCCUGGAACUCACGAAGCAGAAGAAGACGCCGCCUGGAUGAUCGAGUUCGAUCGAAGACGACGAGGACGAUCAGCCGGACGAGAGUCUCGGCGAGGAAUGAAAAUAUUUUCGCAAGUGUAUCUUCGAUAUACGGAUCUUGUUCGCAUAUACGAUAGAAUAUAUAUGUCGAGUGAAAUAAAGAAGUGAGAUACGUUUGCCCAUAUAA